AUGCAAAAUGAUCUGUUCAAUGAGAGUCCAACUACUAGCAAUGCAAGUAGUAAUGUAAGCAGUGGCGACAUUAGCUUUUUGGACUAUAGAGCUUACACAAGAUUAAGCGAGAGACCAGUUUAUUCUGGCAACAAUUCGAUCUUUAAUGAAAGUAAUGAUACAAAUCAGAAUGGUAAUUUUUUCGAUGAUUUUAACAAUCUUUCAUCUACGGUAAAGUGGAAAACCUUAAAUAAGAUAUACCCUAUUCUAGGGGCAUUUGGCGGGCCUACGUGCAUAUAUCCUACAAAAUCCUGUCACGUUUUAGGAACUUCUAAAGGCCCUAUCCUAAUCUUCAGCACAAAGCAAUUUAUUCUCAAUAGAUUGGUUCCUCAAAUAGUAGGGGAACCCACUUCCAAACAUCUAAGAUCUCCAGUGCUGGACAUCGUAGUUUCAGCGGACGGAACACAUUUAGCAGCUAGUUAUCAAUCUGGAGAUAUCUUUCUUUGGAAUCUAAAUGCUAAUACUGUUGAACUUAAUGCAGAGGAAGCUAAUGAUGGCAACGAGAAAAUGGCCCCUUCGAGGGCCAUCUUACAAAUAACUAAUCACAGAGGUCGUACUAUAAAUGGCAUUGGAUUUAUCGGUAGUCGUCAUACAGCCCUCAUUGUUAGUGAUAACACUGGUGGUGUCUUUUACCAUAGUGGUUUUAGAACCCAUUUGUGGUCGCUUACUUAUAGCUCUAAGCAAGUACUGCAUAUUUCAACAGGGGAGAAACUUCUAGCCUCCCAAGCAGCUCCGGAAAUUCAAAAGCGAGAGCCUUUGCAUAUGAUAGCAGUGCUUACAACAUCAAGGUUCGCCAUCAUUUCAACCACCCCUCGUCCUAUGACUUUAAUGCUCGAAGACUUGAAAUCGAUUGGAUCGCGGGAGAUCACUUCAAAUAGCUGUUUAGCAUGGCAUGAAAACGCUUCGAAAGUAGCAUUUUCUUUGAAUGAGUCUGCAUUCGUCUUUGAAAUAAAAGGCGUUUCUACGUUCUCCACACAGAAGACUUUUACCAAGAUUGGCGAGCCCGCACUGUCAUUACAAUGGAUUACCGAUGACCUCUUGGGAAUCUUAACUGUUUCACAUAAUUUUCUAAUGGUGGACGUCAACGAAGACUUAAGAGUCGUGGCGAAAUUCGAUUUUUUGGUACAUCAUUUAUUGAUGCCCCCCAAUAAACACGUUGCAGUCUGUGAUAAGAAGUUGCUUUUGUUAACAAACUACGGUCUGAAAGUGGGUCAACUUCCCUCCUGGUCCGAUAUAACGCUCAAUCAUGUCCAAACGGGCAAUUAUCCAGGUGCUUUGAAAUUUAUCAAGUCGUUAUUACAAGAGUAUAUGCCACUCUGGCCACUGCUUAGGUUAACACAGGAUUUUUCUAAAAGAGAACAGGAACUUGAAAAACCUUUUUACAAUUUGGCACUGGCGGCUUUGAGGUUUAUUAUUACCCACCAAAAUGCGGAUUUAAAUAAAAUUUACGAGCUUUUCUCGCUGGUCCUCUCCACUGUUGAUUUAUUUCAAGAUAGACAAUUAAAAAUUGAGCCCAUGAAUGCCUUCCUGGAGAAAUCGAUGGAAUUUUUCUCUGAAGAUAAUGUGGACAUUUUUUUCGAGGUGUUGUUGAACAUGGUAUUGGAGGGUUCUAUGAAUGCUCUGCCAGCUGCGAUUUUCAAACCUAUGUUAAUCAACUUUGCAGAUGCAGAAAAAUUAUCCAUUUUGGAGGACAUGAUAGUCAUGCUAGAUCUUCGGACACUUGACAUUGAUCUCGCCGUAAAGCUCUGUCAAAAGUACGGACUUUUCUGUGUUUUAAUGUAUAUCUGCAACACGAUUUUCGACGAAUACGUUUUGCCGUUAGUUGACGCAGUCUCAAGAAUAAACGACAAACCAGAAGAGACUUUUAUUUUCCGUACUGGCGAGGUUGGAUCUGUGAAUACCAUCUUUGAUUAUCUUUCUUUUGUUUUAACAGGACGCCAGUUCCCUAAAAGUGAUUUGAUUAUGCCCAUGAAGAGACAGAUCGAUGCUAAGGUUUCUUUGUACCAUAUGCUUUUCAGCGGCACUUGCGUUGAAUGGCCCCCAGGCAGUGGUAAAAAGUUGCAUACUGAAGCAGAUUCCGCCCAUGAGCCAGCGUUUCCUUAUUUCAACCUAUUGAUCAACUUCAAUACUGCGAGAAUGUUAUCAACUCUCAAUGAAAUUUUUGAAGACUCUCUCUUAAAUGAGGGAUAUGCCGAGAAUGGUCUUGGGGAAAAUCCGCCGGUACAGAUUACGAGACAAUAUAUGGUAGAUGUAGUCCUGGACAUGAUGAAAAAGAAAGAAUCCACCAGGGACAAGGUUUUGAUGGGAAUUUUUGUUGCUUGCAAUGUUGCGAAAUAUCCCCAAUUUAUAAGACUCUCCAGCAGAGCAUUAGAAGACGUUAUUGCGACAAUUUGUGGAGUGAAGGAUUUGCAGCUGACGAAUGACUGCCAAAGGGCGCUAGAGUGUCUGCUCAGUACUUAUACACCAAAAAACUCUGAAAGAUUCAUUGCUGAGCUUAAAGAACUAAACUUCAAAAGAGUCCUCUUCAUUCUUUACGUUAAAACUAAGAAGUUUUUCGACAUUUUGCCUCUAGCCCUUUCAUCUGAAGAUACGAAAACAGACUACAACCAGAGUUUCCCAACUGUAAUUAGCUUCGUUUUGUUUGGGGCUAGAUAUGACUCUUUAGAACAUACUCGCGUUGUUGGUUUGAUUCGUGGGCAUUUCGAAUCGCUGGUGGAUAAAUUAGGACCCAAAUUAGCCGUUGAGUUUUUUCAGAAAUUCGAUCCCGGUAUUCAUCAAUCCGUUGUGUCAUUAUCUUGUGAAGACACGCAACAAAAGUACUUAGAGGAGCUCUAUUCAUUUGGUGAGCUGGAGGGUACUGAAAUGAACGAUCUAAAGGAUCUAUAUUUUGAACUAAGUUGCAAGUACAAAUCCAAACAAGCUUUAUUGCAAUGGCUAGGGGUGUUAGAGUUCAAAAAUUUGGAUACGGAACGUGCUACGAAUAUCUUGCUGUCCGCUAAGAAUUAUGAAGCAGCUGCUGUGGUACAUCGUCGUUUACAAGUCAAUUCCAUGGUAGUAAAUGACAUGCUCAAUUGUAUUAACGACUGGUUUAAAGUAGGAGACAAGCAAUACGCUACCUUAAACAGAUAUUUGAACAUUGCGAUCGACGCGAUUAGCGAUUCAAGCGAUGACAAACUGCAUAAUUGGACGAAGCUUAUAGCUUGCUUUAUGAAGUUAUACGGAAGUCAUAAAAAUGAUGCUGAUGUAGGUCAAUCCUGCAAUAGAGCUUUCCAAGAAUUAUUUGUUCGGUUGGCUAUGUCUGAAGCCUCGGCAAAUGGCGAUAAGAAAGGCCAAUUUUGGAGUAUUUUAACUAGUGCUCUGGAACACCAAGAGGUAAUUAUGAUGAAAGCAAAAGACCUGCGCACUUUACUGUUUGAUGUUUUCACGACAUACGAUAUCGAGAGGCAUAUAUCUAGAUUAAUCUUAGAAAUAGUCCAGGAAUCGUCAGUUGGCGUGGGACAGCUAUAUGAAAGCACGCUGACUAAGGGAUGGCCAAUCGAGAACGAUGAAUGUGAAAUCUGCGGUAAAACCUUAUGGGGAUUGGGCUUGGACUCUAUUAAUUUCGUUAUUUGGAAAAAUAAAAGACUUCUCGGAGAAAGUGCACCAUCGACCUCAACGAACGAAGACAAAGCUAUCGUUUCGUUUGGAUGCCACCACGUAUUUCACAAGAGAUGCCUACGUAACUUGGGUCAGGUCAGCGGAAAAUAUUCUUGCUUAACUUGUAAAAAGGAAUAA